AUGAUCAUCAAACUGGCCCUUGAAGUUGAUUGCGUAUGCGCUCGCUCAUGCGCCGUCGUCACUGGCGGCCUUCCAGCACCCGAUUGGAUCGUAGCCCAUCAAUCAGCUUCCAACUUAACCAACGGGUACUUCACCACAGUGUGUAACGCUAACCACUUGGCUUUGAGCCAGUACCAGCGCCACAAUGCCAAGCGAGGGCUUGCCGCCCGAGCGCGGGUGCUAGACGCUUACACGAGCGGACGAGACUGGGCCCUGGUGGCGGACUGUAACUGCAUUUCAGCCACUACAGGUACAUGUACAGCCCGCAAGAUUGUCGAGCGUGGGCCACCGGACGUCAAGACGAGAGGUGGUGCACGCGCAGCGUGCACUAAGCGCACGCCUGAGAUGGAGGAGGCGCUAUAUGUACUGUAG